UCCGGCGCGCCGCGCGCCGCUGCCCGCCCCUCCGGGAGUCCCGGCGCCCCGUCGGACCGGCGCGAUGGGCAAGAAGGGCAAGAGGGAGAAGAAGCGCCGCGGCGCGGAGAAGACGGCUGCCAAGAUGGAGAAGAAGGUGUCCAAGCGCUCGCGGAAGGAGGAGGAAGACCUUGAAGCUCUGAUAGCCCAUUUCCAGACACUGGAUGCUACAAAGACUCAGAUCGUGGAGACACCAUGCCCCCCACCUUCACCAAGGUUACAUGCCUCACUCUCUGCUCAUCCCGAGAAAGACGAAUUAAUCCUUUUCGGAGGUGAAUAUUUCAAUGGCCAAAAAACAUUUAUGUAUAAUGAACUGUACAUCUACAAUAUCAGGAAGGACUCCUGGACCAAAGUGGAGAUCCCCAAUCCACCUCCAAGGCGCUGUGCUCACCAGGCUGUGGUGGUGCCUCAGGGUGGAGGACAGCUGUGGAUCUUUGGAGGGGAGUUUGCUUCUCCCGAUGGAGAGCAGUUCUACCACUACAAGGAUCUCUGGGUGCUGCACUUGGCCACCAAGACCUGGGAGCAAGUAAGAUCAACAGGAGGCCCUUCAGGUCGGAGUGGACAUCGGAUGGUAGCCUGGAAGAGACAGUUAAUCCUUUUUGGUGGCUUCCAUGAGAGUACAAGAGAUUACAUCUACUACAAUGAUGUGUAUGCCUUUAACCUGGACACGUUCGCUUGGAGCAGACUGUCCCCAUCAGGGGCUGGGCCCGCACCUCGGUCAGGCUGCCAGAUGUCCGUCACCUCCCAGGGCAGCAUUGUCAUCUAUGGGGGCUACUCGAAACAGAGAGUCAAGAAAGAUGUGGACAGAGGCACCCAGCAUUCAGAUAUGUUCCUGUUGCAGCCUGAGGACGGAAGAGAAGCAGGCAGGUGGGCCUGGACCCGGAUUAAUCCUGCAGGAGCCAAGCCCACUCCGAGGUCUGGCUUUUCGGUGGCUGUGACCCCGAACCAUCAGACACUGCUCUUCGGGGGUGUGUGUGACGAGGAAGAGGAGGAGAGCCUGGAGGGGGACUUCCUCAAUGACCUGCAUUUCUAUGAUGCCGCCAGGAACCGCUGGUUUGCGGGGCAGCUGAAGGGACCUAAGUCAGAGAAGAAGAAACGUAGGAGGGGCCAAAAAGCAGAGCCCGAAGGUGCUGACAAGCGGGACUUGGGGGGGGCCGGUGCCCAGGAGCCACUGGAGGUGGUCAGAGAGGUGGUCACAGAGGACGGGACCGUGGUGACCAUUAAACAGAUGCUGGCUGCCCCGGGCUCGGCUGGACAGCCCCCAUCCAACGAGGAGGACAGCCCUGAUGAAGCCGGCGGCGCCGUGGUGGAGCCGAGCCCCCGCUCGAACGCCAUGCUGACCGUGAAGCACGGGCAGCUCUACCUGUACGGAGGCAUGUUUGAGGCAGGUGACCGCCAGGUCACCCUCAGCGACCUGUACCGCCUAGAUCUGCACAAGAUGCAGGAGUGGACGGCCUUGGUGGAGAUGGAUCCAGGAACUCAGGAGUGGCUGGAGGAGACGGACUCCGAAGAGGACAGCGACGAGGAUGAGGGCGCCGAGGGCGGGGACGAGGACGAGGACAGCGGCGGGGAGGCUGGGGAUGUGCUCUCGAGGCAAGCUUAAGUUUUUGAAAGAACAUUCGUACGUGGAGUGCAUUUGAGCGGCGCCGUGUUGGUUUCUUGGAUGGAGUGAAGAAUGCCCUCGCCAUAUGAUUUCUUUAAAUUUGGUGCCCGUGAUCGCCCCAUCAGGCGGUGAGCGGGUGGCCUCUGGAGCUGCCAGACCCAGGCCGCCGUCCUGGGCUCAACGUGCUUCCCUCCCGCCCCCUCCUUCCCCACGGAGCAGCUCCCGCACGCACGGUGCUGCCCGCCGAGCGGCUUGCGGACGGCCUGCUCGGGCCCCACCAGUGUCGGGUAGAGCUCACCCUGGACAACGUGGGGCCCCACGCCGGGAAGAGAGCAGCCCACGCCGUGGCAGACGCUUUGUGCGACGACUUGGCCUGAGCGCCGUCCCCCCGCCCCCAGAAGUUAACCUGUGUGAGGCUCCAGGCUGUCAUUGGCAGAGUAGCAGGAGGACGGGAAGCCUGAGGUCGGGGACCCCACUGUCUCCACGUGGUGCUGCUGUCCAGCGCCCGUGGAGUGGGGGUCAUCACGGUGGCAGCCUUGGUGCGUGCACAUACGGAACGGUGCCCGCUCCAGGGUGCAUGGCUGGGGUCAGCAUUUCGGCCUUGAAGUCACACCUGGGUUAUUGCUAAAAAACUCAGUUUGAGUGGACCAACAAGAAUAAAUAAACAAGCUUCCAGAGAAGGAGCUGUCUCUGCUGCUUGAUGCCGUGAUUGAAACACCAGGAUGGGCGCACCUUAGAGGCUCAGCAGGGGGAGAGGCGGCAGUGUGUUAUAGGAUCGCCAGAGUCUGCCAGGAACAGGACCAGCACACCCACCCUGCAGUCUGUCGGUGACUCGUGUGCCCCACUGAAUGUUCCGGACACCCUGAUGGCCACCACAGGCAUGAGUGGCCAGUACGAAGCCCAAGGCCUCCAUUCCCUGCGUUGCUGGAACCAGAACAGCUGGAUACAGCUGUAUUCCGGGUCAGCGAGGGCCCUGCAGUCGCAUAUCCUGUCUUGUCUGCUCCUUGGUUGGCUGAGUUCUUGACUCUGGCCCCAGUGACCUGCAUGGGGCCUGAAGUCCCUAAGCUCAGGCCUGACGUUGGAGGCACGUGCCCACAGCCCUGCCCGGAGGAUGCCACACCCCAGUGAGGACGCUGCCAGCAGGACCACCCCCAUGGUGCCUCCGUGCCGAGGCCCCCACGAGACACCCCUCCUCUGACAGGGCUAGACGGGGUGCCCGACGCAGGACAGCCCCAGGCGUCCGUGCCUUUCACCGGCCUGGCUUCCUGGCUCCAGAGCAGUGCGUCCCAGCCCGAGACACCAACGCGCCGUGGCCUGUCCCUGAGAGCGGCAGCCUGUCACCAAUGAUACGUCACUUGACAAACGGUCACGGCUGCCUGGGGCCCCCUCCCCGAGUGCCGGGGGCUGCCAGGAGCCCCGGGGGAGCCGCUUCUGCCACACCCUGCCCAGCCUCUGGGCUGCAGCCCUGGCCCCUGACAUUCGCUCCCAAGUGCCCCGCACGGCGUUCUGCCCCAGCCGCAUCCAUGGCCUUCACCGGACCGUGGCGCCCCGGAGCUCAGACACGCGGCCUGACAGAGGGACAAAGGAGGCCCAGCCGGGCAGCCCGGCCCAGGGAGGAGGGGUGCUCUUGCGGACGGCGCGUUCUCGACGUGCGCCCGGACCAGGGCAGCGGCUGCACAUGGCUCUGGGGAGACGACACGGAUUUCCCCAGAAUGUUCUGUAGGUUGGUUCGGUUUGCCCUCAUGACCAUUUUCUCAAGCUGUACCUCCCAUGCCAUACAGUUCACCCGUUUAAGGUCCACACUGCAGUGGUUUUCAGGUUCCCCUCCUGAAAAACUCUCCUCCUAGAACGCCUUCAGUGCCCCAAGACCCCACACCCUUUAUCUCCAGUGACCCCUGUGCCCGAGCCCUCCCCACAGCCCUCUCCGUCAGUGGGCCUGCUCCGACUCUGACCAAGCAUGUCCUCCAGGCUGUGCAACAGGUAUUUCCGUCUGGUUCCAGGACGUUUCCAUCACCCCGAAGGAGGCCCGUCCCCGUGAGCAGUCCCUCCCCACUGCCACCCUGCCCCAGCGUGGGGGCUUCUCCGAGACCAUCUGGGGUUGACGAAGCACCCGCCCUGGUCACGGGCCCGACCGCGCGCGGCUGCUGCUUCCAACACUGGCACCACCCAUCCUGGGACCGAGGGUCCUCAGCUGGCCAACGCCCUCCAGUGAGCGGCUGCCCCGUGGGCUUGUUCAGCAGACCAGACGCAGGACGGCAGCUGAGCUGAGCGUCUCACACACAGGGUGCCGGGGGCUCGAGCUCCCUGGAGGCCAGGCCAAGCAGGGGAACGUCCCGGAUGCCAUUCAGGACACCCGUGAGACAAACCCGGGGCUCGGGAGAGGGACGGCCAGGCGCUCGACCUGGAAGAACCUCCACAGCCUCACAGAAGACCCUCGAUGCAGGCUGCUGGGGCCGUGCAUGGUGAGUCCAGGGAAAACGACCCGAAGACCAGCGUCGACGGUCUGGGACAGGGCCCAGCGCUCUUAGGCGGUGGUUCCUUCUCCAAGUUGAACUUGGAUGGCUUAGGGCAGGCACACACCCCCGGCGCAGACCCCUCCCCGAGAACGUUCCUGACAGUUAACGCCGACCAGGUGAAUAUGAGCAAACGUGGAGCCCCAUCGGCUCUGGACCAAGAGACGGGACAGGCCACCCGCCAGAGCCGGGUGGCACAGAGCGGCCAGUAGAGGAAAUGCCAUGGUGGGUAACGGGCAGCUACGGAUGGUUGUUGAGGAGGAGCGGCUAGAGUGUUUGGAUCGUCAGCCAGCCAAGCGCACCGGAUCAGACGAGGCUGCUCGCAGGAUGAAGUUGCAGGAAGAGAUGAGGGACGUUCUGUGUUGGUUAAAGCAGCGACUUUGAGGUUUCCUCGUUCGGGAGCAACGUGAGUGCGCGUUUGUCAUACAAGAGCCCACCUCGCAGGCCUCCGCUUAAAUCCCCCCCAUGUCGGGCUAGCGGGCAUCGUGUGGAAGCAUUUCUGCACACACGUGGGAGCCACGCCCUCCAGGUCCUCCGGCCCCACCAGACAUGUGGCUUGACCAUGGCACCCUCUCCCACAGGGGAACCUCCCUAAAAGGCUCCCGUCUGUUUCUGUCCUAAAUCCCUGUAAACAAAGUCCCAGGGUCCCAACCCCCUUCCCCACCCCCGCCUUCUCCGGGGGAGACAGCUGCUGCCAGGGAGGGUCCACGGGACACCGUAUCCCUGGGCAACGUCUGCGCCUCACUGGUGUGGUCUGGGCCCCGACGGACGGCAAGAGCCUGGUCCCCACCUUCACACUCCCCACGGGCGCCCGGCCUUGAGCCUGGAGACUCUGCGGCUGUCCUCCAGGCCGCACGGUGGGGUGUGCGCCCCCUGCCCCCCAUGGGACCCUCCCAUGGUGGACACGCUCCCGGAGAGCAGGGCGUGCCCACCCCUGGAGGGGCGGCUGUUUGGUUUCCACACCUUCGCUUAGUAAAAAUACCACAAACGUUAAUUCACCAACAUCGUACGUGUAUUUACAUACAUACGUUCACACAUAGAGAAAGAGAAUGCGCUGUGCCAACCCGAAAAUAAAAUUGAAUCAAGAAGAGCGCAUUUAAUAGAGAAAAAACCUCCCAGCACAUCACGAGGGCUGACGUUGCCUGAGACUCACAGCCGGGCCGGCAGUCAAGCUCUCCGGGUGAGACCCCCGGCCCCCCCCAACCGGCGCGGGGACGCAGCGGAACGGUGGGCAGGAAGCAGCGCCCCCCACCCCGACUGCCCCAGGCUCCCUCCCGCACACAGACCAGGGGCAGCAGAGGCCCACGAAAGGACGUGGGGUGACCUGCCCGUGCCCACCCCCCACUUCCACUGUGGCACCUGUAUUGGACUGGUGACCCCCUCUCGCCCCUGCCCACCUGGAAUCUGGGACUGCGACCUUCCUGGGAAAUAGGGGCUUUGCGAGGUGUGGCACCACCGGAUGUCCUGGCUGCCCUGGAAAUCUCCCAGGUGAUGCUGCUGGUGGUCCAGGGACCUUGCUCUGAGAACCACUGUGCCAAAAGCUGGAGACCCUAGACUCUGCUCCCUGACCUCGGCCCACUCCCCUGCCUCCCCACCCCCCGCCUAUGGCUGUUCUACAUCCAGUCCUCCUUCGCGGAUGGUCCCCACCUUCUGUCCCCCGUGUACCUGAUCCAGACCGCACAGCCAGCCAGCGGCCCGCUCCCACACCCUGGAUUGAGGGCAUCCUGCCCCCAGCACCAUCCCAGACCCAGAGAGGUGGGGGCGUGUGACCCAGGAUGGGCUUCCCAGCUCGUGGGUCUCCAGCCGUGCCAGACCCUCCCCACCCAAGCCAGAAUGUGGUUUUCUUCACUGUUCCUUGUUACU